GUCUCGACCAGACCUCACUUCACGGCGAGUCUCCGUAUCUGAUUAUGUUUGGACCCGACAUCUGCGGUCCCGGCACUAAGAAGGUUCACGUGAUCUUCAACUAUAAGGGCAAAAACCUGUUGACCACUAAAGAGAUCCGAUGCAAAGACGACGUUUUCACACACAUCUAUAGAUUGGUUGUAAAGCCCGACAACACAUACAAAGUGCUGAUUGACGGCGAAGUGGUAGAGAAGGGAGAGCUGGAGAAGGACUGGGCAUUCCUGGAGCCCAAGAAGAUCAAAGAUCCUGAGGCCAAGAAACCCGAGGACUGGGACGACAGGGCGAAGAUCGACGACGAGUCGGACACUAAGCCCGAGGACUGGGAACAGCCCGAGUAUAUCGCGGAUCCCGACGCCACUAAACCCGAGGAUUGGGACGACGAGAUGGACGGCGAGUGGGAGCCGCCGCAGAUCAAUAACCCGGCCUAUAAGGGCGAGUGGAAACCCAAACAGAUCGACAAUCCCGCCUAUAAGGGC